GUUAUAUAUCACGAAUGCUAAAGAAUUACACUGCCCAUGCCUGUGACGGAGAAUACGUCUCCCUGAGAUGCCCGCACAGAACCACCAUCAGCAUCCAGUCUUCCUUUUAUGGCCGCAUUGUACCAAGUCAUCAGAUGUGUCCCUCCCGAUACCCACAGUCCUACGCCACUUUAAUUAAGGAAGAUGUUACCUGUUCUUCUGGCACCUCCCUUCAGAAAAUCCUGGAUGAGUGCCAGGACAGACGGAGCUGCCAGUUUCUUGUCAAUAGCCGACUGUUUGGUAUAGACCCGUGCCCCAGAACCGGCAAGUACCUCAUCGUGUGGUACAAGUGCAGGCCAAAUGAGUACAAGAGCAAAGUAGCCUGUGAAGAUGAUAAGCUGAGGCUGAGCUGUAAGAAAAGCAUGGUGAUAGCCAUUUACUCUGCUAUCUUUGGAAGGACGCAAGGAGACAGCCUGGAAUGUCCCUACCAGAACCGAGGGAUGCCGAUGAUAGAGUGUCAGGCGGCUACAGCUCUCCAGCUCAUGACCAAACGAUGCCAUGGGAAAAGGAGUUGCAGUGUGUAUGCCAGCACCUAUGAAUUCGGCGACCCUUGUUACCCAGGUGUGCGCAAGCAUCUCAAUGUCAUCUACACCUGUGUUCCCAAGAAGCUUCUGCAUGAAACCCAGCCAAAACAAACCCACCACCGAGGAAUUCAGCAACCGCAUUUUCCACAGCAGCCAAGAGUGCAUGAUCCUAACGUUAUAGGGGACGGUGUGUUCUUUUCCGAUGCUUCUUCUCCCAUUAUAAAGAGCACUCUGCCAGAGAAGAAGAGAGGGAGGUCUGCUACCUUCUACCCACCAGACUACAGCCCUGUGCUGCUUCCCGUGGAUGAGACACAAGAGCUGGUGUUCAACAGCAGCAUGGAGCCUGCGGGCAUUAGCACGGAGAUGGCACUGCUGAGCAACAUCCUAGCAGCUUAUUCAUUCAUCACAGAGAAUCCUGAGCGUGCUGCCCUGUAUUUUGUCUCUGGAGUGUGCAUCGGCCUGGUGUUGACUCUGGCAGCCUUGGUGCUGAGGGUGUCCUGCCGAACAGACUGCAAACAAUCCCCGGUGAAAAAGCCCACCCGCGAUCGGGAGAGCGACAGUGACAGCAGUGACAGCGACGACGACUCGGACACCACGUCAGACCUGUCAGCUCGCAGGCACCGCAGGUUCGAAAGGACUUUGAACAUGAAUGUCUUCACUUCAGCAGAGGAGCUGGAGAGGGCUCAGAGGCUGGAAGAGCGGGAGCGCAUCAUCCGGGAGAUAUGGAUGAAUGGGCAACCAGAUAUUCCAGGGACCAGGAGCCUGAACCGUUAUUACUGAGUGUUGGGACAUCCUAUGGGCUGGGACUGCAGCCUCGGUCUUCUCUGAGUGUGCUCAAGAGGGAAGGAGGAGUGGACUGGAGUCCUCCUCCCCUUUUGGUUCAGAACAGCUAACAGGAGCACUAUGGAUGGACAGCAAUAAAGCUUUCACCUUCCACUGUCCCCUGACCUCUUGCUAUUGACACCUAGGAAAUACACCUUUACCCUUGUCUUGUCUCUCUGAUAUCUCCCUUCAGCGGAGGUGAAUGCCAACUUCUUCUCUCGCUGUUGUUCUGCCAUAGGUGGGAGGCAAGUGUUCAAAACCUCCCAUUUCUAGGAAGAUGAAUCCAGCAUGCAACGGUACGGAUGCUGCUCAUGUGGUUGGGAGAGGAAUUGCUGGGUGUUUUGAUUUCCCAAGAAUUUCAGGAGAAUCAUGAACAAACCUCCUUGAGCUUAUGUGUCUGCUGCAGCAAUGAUGCUAUGGGGUGGGAGCAGCAAAAGCCUGAAGUGCAACUGUCUUGUGACCCAGGAAACCAUGAGAUUAACCUAGUUAAAAAUGUGACUUCAGGAGAACCGGGGAUUCUUCCACCACCUCAUCUCGGUGCUCGGACAUUUGACAACAUAUCUGUUAUUUAAGGCGGUGUUUUAAAUUUGCUUUUCAGUGGCAGCAUUUUUUACUGACACCUCAGGGAUAAAAUCCUAUUAUUUUUUUGAGUACGCUUCCCCCUUCCAUCCACCGCAACCAACCCAACCCACUCCCAACAGUGAAACUAUGGUAUUACGAGAGCUGUGUCAGUGAUGGGUGUAAUGUUAUCAACCUCAAAGAGGUUGAAAGGGGUUUUGUUUUAAAUAUAUAUUUGAAGAUGCUGCACAGCAAUGUGCCUUAUUCUUUUUUGUUGUUAAACUCUGAUUUUCCUAUGGAUGGUGAUGCGCAAUAUUUUAUAUAUUUUAUUACGAAAAAAAAAAGUUUGUAUUUGCCAGAGGAGAAUGGGGACAAAAAGAGGCCAAAUAUGACAGCAGGAUGGGAAAUAAAUGCUAAAUAAACUCUG